GCGACUUCUACAGAGCUUUGAUCUUCCACAAGCUUCCACACCAUGCAAACCCGACGAAACGUCCAAAGUAUACUUCGUCAAUUUUCGAACACGUUCAGUAUCAGAGGACCACCUAUCUAUCGUACUGUGACUAUUACAGCGCGCCCGAUACACACUACAUUAAUCCGUCAAAAUGGGCCUAGAAAAAAUCCUCUCAUCAACAUACUCGAAGGCGACGUUCCCCCUCCAGUACAGGUCAACUCCAUAACGGACCAGGGAAUAAAACUCACGGAUGGCUUGGUUAUUCCCUCGUCGUGUAUAUUUCUAGAAGGAAAGGUUUACCUUUGGGACGUUCCAAUGUCAUUCUGGGAUGGUUGGGAGAAGGAUCAUUUCGAGGUUUUCGAGUUGGUUGUACCUAGACCAGAAAUUCUGCUCUUUGGAACUGGCGAAACUCUAGCUCAACCACCACCUGUCAUUCGGAAUCAUUUAAACAAACUCGGAAUUCAAUUGGAUGUUAUGGAUACACGUAAUGCCUGCUCCACGUACAACUUAUUGGCCGAAGAAGGGCGUCGAGUGGCAGCUGCUCUUAUACCUCUGAGGCACCGGCCAUGGUCGAAAACCCAAACUCCCAAGAAAUGAUCAAAGUCCUUAUGCCCUCAUCGUCCUCAUCUACAAGAGUUGCCUAUCCUAGGGGAAAAUACUCAGUCCUCUGCCUUGCGUUU